AGCCAUACAGCAUUUGUGUACUCUUGUGCGCAUUUUCAUUUGUUGUUAUACGUUUUGUCGCGGUGCGUCUUAACUUAAUCUCCAGGAUACCGAUUCUCGGCCCAGUGUCAGCAUCAUGGAUUGGUCGGAUCGCGGAUCCAAUACGCGUCCUCUCUUCGCAGCUGAACUUUGAGGCGAAACGAGAAUCCGAGGUGACUUUGAGUCGAAUCAAAAGUCAACUUUGAGGCGACUCGAGAAUCCGCAGAUCGGGGACCACUCACGUCUGUACGUUCUCUCUCAGAAUCCGACUCUGAGCGUCGGCAGCAUUAUGGAUUGGUCAGAUCGCGGAUCCGAUACGCGCCCUCUCUUUGCGACCUCGUCGCCUCGCAGCCCGAAGCGCUUCGGCAAUUUCACCCGCUCCAGAUCCACGCGGGAGCGAGAAAAGUCGCGAAUCCGACGGAUGGCGUUUCGUUUCGACGGCGUGGGCUCGUUUGAGCCGUUGGAUUGGGACCACCUGAAGAAUUUCGAGAAGGGACGGCUCCCGGGCCAGCAUACCCCGUCCCAUCUACAACAAGUGCUUCAGCAGCAGAAGCAGCAGCAGCAGCAGCAGCAGCAGCAGGUGCAAUUUCAGACGUCACCGCGGGAAGCCGAAGCUGUGCGCUCGCCGCAGGCGGCGGAAAAUCCUUUCCGUCCUAUCCCCGGCCGAACAGACUCAGGAGGCUCGUUGGAUGCCGCUACAGGAUUUUAUCUCCCCCAUGCAGCCCUCCCCGUCUCGGGCGCGGCUGUAGCAGACCCCGCGGGUGUCAUGUCCGCGGGUGCCGCAUCCGCGGGUGUACCUCCCGCCGCUACAGCCGGCGCCGCUUCCGCGGGGUUCCUGACGCAGCCAGGUGGCGAGUUCUCGUGGUUCCACGUGGAGAUCCCGCGAUCCUGCCCGUCGCUCUCCGCCGCGGCUCGCCAGCUCAUCACGCAUCUGCACCCUCCGCUCCAGCUGCACGAGAUCACGACGCUCCUAUCCAACGGUCCGUAUUGCGGCACGCUCGGCGGCGCGCUGUUCGUGCGGAUCAACUCCCCCGGGCCUAUGGACAGCCCGUACACGUUUAAGAUCGCGGCGCGGGUCACUCCGUUCGGAAUAGUGAGCGUUGCGUUGGGUCCCGUGCCGCGUUUAGAGUUACAGAGGGGACCCGAAGGGCACUUAGGAACGGAGAUCGGAUUAGGGUUUGCAGGGCUGGUGGCCAGAUUACGUGAGGAUGCUGCCGCGGCCGCAGCCACAGGUGCUACUGGUGCGGGUGCUGGUGCUGCUGCUGCUGGUGCUAGUACUGCUGGCGCUGCUGCUGGUGCUACUGUUGUUUCUACUGUUAGUUCUGGUCCUGUUUGUGGUGUUGGGUCUAGCAGUAGCCUAGGAGCGACAGACCGAGGCCCUGGUUUGAGAAAACGGUCGCCGAAUGCGUCAUUUCGGGGAGAAAACGAGGGCGAAUCAGAAAUCGCUCCGCUUUCCGUUUUCACUAUUGGCACCAGCGCUACAGGCACGCCGCAUACAAGCACGCCAGGCAGCCCGUCUGACACGCCACGAUCAAUCAAAGUCAGAAUAGCUUCUGCCACAUCCUCGUUAGAAGCAGCAGCGCUAGCAGCAACAGCAGCAGCGGCAGCAGAGGGGACAAUUGCAGCAGGAGCAGCCAGAGCUGGAGGGAUAGGAGCGGGAACAGAAAAGGCAGCCAUUGCUGCUCGCAAGGACCCUGUUUCGGCCUCUGGGGGCGAUUUGGACCCCGUUUUAAGGCCGCCUAUCUGCAGCAGCUCAGCCUAUAGACCGCCUAGCGUAGAAAUCGAAGUAUGUGAAAGCGUAGAGGGGGAUUUGGGUCACUGCGGCACGGAAGCUUACAGGGGGGGGCUGCUGCAGGGAUUGGGCAGCAGAAGCUGCGGGGUGAGCAGCCAAGGGUACGCCAGUGAUGGGGGGGCGGGAGGAAGCAGGUGGGGGGAGGGCGGAGGCUCUGCUGGGGAGGCGACUGGUGCUGGGGGGAAGCGGAGUGGUGGGGGGAGAGGAGGAGGAGGAAGAGGAGGAGGAGGAGGAGGAGGAAGAGGAGGAGGAGGAGGAGGAGGAGGAGGAGGAGGGGUAGGGGGGGGAGGAGGUGGUGUUUUGGCGCGAGUUGGGAAGGUGUUGGAAGCGAUAACGCCGAGGAGGAGGGAGGUGAGGGAAGAGGGGGCGGAUUCACACACCAUCGACGUGGAUGAUGCGGAACUGGAGGAGUUGCUUCGUAAGAGCCAUCCUGAAAACGCCGACUGUGCGAUACCUGUCACCGUGUUUGGGCUGCUGCAGCACAUUGUUGAGACGCACAUGGAGCACCUGGAGGAUGUGGUGGUGGAGGUGGAAUGCAUGCUGGACCAACACGAGAGGGACCUAGAUGAAGGCUCCGACCACCGGCUGCGCCUGCUCAAGGAUCGCACCUUCCCCAAGCUCCACCUGGAUUUACAGAGAGUGCUCCAGUCCCUGGCACACGGGGAGGUGGUGCUGCCGAAGCUCAAAGACAGGCUCGUGGCUCGGCGGUGGUGCGCCGGACCUGUAGCCUCGGAGGUGCUGGACGGGGCUAUGGCUCGGCUGAGGAGAGGCAAGGAGAAUGUGGGGUUCCUGACGGCUCGGAUCACUGCGCUGCAAACGGGGCUGGACCAAUGGCAGGCGGAGCAGAUCAACAAGAAGCUCUACUACAUCUCGUUCCUCUCGAUCGUCUUCCUGCCACUCUCUAUAAUCACAGGAGCUUUUGGCAUGAACGUGGGCGGCGUCCCCUGGGUGCAACAACCCACCGACGAUCCGAAUAUCACCGGAGGCUUCGUUAAUGUAAUGUGGAUUUGCUUCUAUGUGGUGAUAGCACUGGGUGCCGCGUUUGCUGCUCCUUCGGUGUAUGCAUACGUCAAGGAACGGCUACAAGAGCGGCAAAGAAUAGGGAAGGAGUUGUGGGAGCGUGCACGAAAGGUUAUGAAUGUGCUGAAGCUUAGGCCACGAGGGAGGCUCAGAGAGGGAUAUCCCCACGAAUCCGAUGAAUAGAGCUGUGGGGCGCCCUUUGUAGAGGCCACAAAUAUGUGUUACUGUACAUGAAUUCCAGCUGUGCAGUAAUUGAAUGUCCAUUUCGUUUCUUAUGU